AUGUCCGUCCCAAUCCACAAGAUCAACCCCGAAUCCACCGAGCAAGAGGUACGUACCGCCUGGAUGUCCCGCCUACUCACCCACUAUCCCAGCUCCCCCGAAGCCACAGCCACCGACAACCGCAUCUACGAAACCAUGACCGCCGACUUCCCCGGCGUCGAACUCUGCACAGCAAGCAUCUACCACGACCUCGAACACGGCAACCCGCCCUUCCUCAUCAUGCACUUCCGGCCCUCCGAGAUUGAGGAAAAGCGCUUCAGCUGGCGGGACAGCAAACCCGGCCUCGAGGAUGAGUUGGAGCUGAUCCAGAUUAGUGGCAGGCAGACGAUACAUGGGGCGAUUGCGAUGGGCAAGUCGGUGCGGUUUUUCAAGUGUACGGAGAAGAAGGGGCUGGAGAGUGUUUCGUUUGGGAAGAAGAAGGUGCUGCAUGUGCUUUAUGAUGCGGCGAUUAUUGAUGAGCAUUUAACUGCUAUUAAGGGUUGA